CAUUUCCUCUUUGACAAUUCAGCGUCGGCAGCUGAGGUGCGGGCCCACCCGUUCACUGACGUGACCCUCGACUGCGAGUUCUCCUUUAUAGAGGGCACGGAAGACCUCGAGUUCUACUGGGAGCGAGAAGACAUUAUAGAGGAGUACGAAGCGGGAAAUCGCGACUUUUACCGCUUCUUCACGCACUACGACUUCUUCCAAGUGUUCACAAAGGUGGUCUACCAGUUCUACGACAACGCAGAGCAACUUGAAGAUCAGAACGCCUUGUAUGAGGGAAGGGUCUCUGUGGACCAGAACGAGAUUUCCGAGGGGAUUCUGUCCCUACUGCUGCGAAACGUGGAUUUCAUGGAUGAAGCCAUGUACAAGUGCUCGGCUGUCACUCCCAACGGCAGAGGGGAGAAUAAGGUCAAGCUGAUAGUGGAAGAUUCUGAAAUUCCCCAGGUGAAGUUUGACAAGAUUGAUGAUGAAGAUGUGGUUACAUGCACAUCUAAGGGCUGGUACCUCACACCCAACGUGACCUGGUUAGACCGGGGAGAAAGGGACCUUAGCAACCACAGUACGGUGGAGGUCCUGGAGGAGCAGAUGAACGGCUUGUAUAGAGUGUACUCUGUCCUCAAAUACCCCGUCAAGUUGAACGAAAAAUAUACCUGCCAUAUCACGGAGACGAAUGAAAACAACAAACCCAUCAGAUCCAUCCGGCGGUAUCCAAAGAAAAGGUUCGGAGAAUAUGACUAUUAAGAGAUCUGAAUGCUCUCUGCCCAAGAACCUGCUGUGCCUUUAGUCAGCGGAGUUCCUGCUUUCUCCUGUGACGGAUGUUCUUUUUGUCCUGGACACUUACUGACCAUAAACUAAAAAAAAAAAAAAAAAAAAACAGGGACCCAGUCAGUGCAGAGAGUUACAGAUUAACAGAGUCUUUCUGCUUCUGCAGCUGUUUCUCUCUUUUGUUUAAAAGAUUUCUUCCAUUUAGUCUCAUUUUCCAAACAUGUUAAAUUCUGAGUAAAGAUCAAGUCUUCAGUGCAAAACAAAAGGAGAUUAAAAUCCUAGUGGACUGAGAUUAAAAUCCGUGUGUCAGUUUCUCUGGGGCGUGCGUGAGUUCUAAAUGACUCGGUAAACUCAGAGCAGAAGGAAUAUGUUUCCUCUACGUCAGGUUGGUUUCCUUUUGGUAAUGUGUUAUUUGGGUACUUGGCCAACCAAGAAGAGCCUAAGAGGUACCUUCCCCCAAAUGAUCAUGAAUGUGUUUGCCGAAGUCCUUUUAUGCGUUAUUGGACAAAGGCUGUAGAAAUAUCAGACAUUAGAAGGUGAGGCUAACUCUUCUGAACUUUUCUGUUUGUCCAGUGUUUUUUUUUUUAUCUUAUUAUUAUUGUUAUAUAUAAAUUUCUAAAUCUCUCCCAUCUCUAUGUCUUUUGUAAAAAUAGAUUAAUGGUCUGAAUAUUUGUGUUUCCCCCAAAUUCAUUCUUUGAAAUCUUUACACCAAAAGUAGUGGUAAUAAGAAGUAGAGUCCCCUGAGAAGCUGGAUCAUUAAGGCAAAGCAAAUACGAUGAAAUCUGUACCGCUGCAUGCCUUAGUUAGGGUGUCUAUGGCUGCGAUAAAAAAUGCCCUGGCCGAAAAACAAGUUGGGGAGAAAAGAGUUUAUUUGGCUUACAUUUCCUUAUUGCUGUUCAUUAUUGAAAAAAGUCAGGACAGGAACUCAAACAGGGCAGGAAUCUAGAGGCAGGAACUGAUUCAGAGGCCAUGGAGGGGUGCUGCUUCACGUGGCUUGCUUAGUCUGCCUUUCUAUAGAACCCAGGACCCCAGUUCAGGGGUGAUCCCACCCACAGUGGCUGGGCCCUCCCCAUGAAUGUCUAAUUAAGAACAAGCCUUACAAAUAGAUCUUAUGGAGACGUUCACUCAACUGAGUGUUGCUAAAUAGACUAUUUCUUUAACUAUGAAAAGAUGAGUUAUAUUUGUUUAUGUUGUGGAAUAUUUCUUUAGCUAUGUGCACAUGAGUUGCAUUUAUUUUCCCUUGCCUGCCUAAGGCACCUGAUUGGCCUAAUAAAAAGCUAAUGGCCAAGAGCUAGGAAGUAGAGGGACAGGUGGGGAUGGCAGAUGGAGAGAAUAAGUAAUAAGAAGAAUUUAGUUUGGGAGGAGAGAGAAUGAGGGAGAAAGAGAGAGAGAGAGACCUGGGACCGGCCAGUCAGGCAGGUGCUAGCUAAAAAAAAAAAAAAAAAAAAAAAAAAAAAAAGCAGGACAUACAGAAUGAAAAAAAUGUAAAAAGCCCAAGGCAAAACACAGAUGUUAAAUUAAGUUGUAAGAGCUAGUGGGACAAGCAUAAGAUAAGGCCGAGAAUUCAUAAUUAAUAAUGUCUCCACAUCAUGAUUUAGGAGCUGAUUGGUGGCCAAAAGAAAGCCUACUUCAACUGAGGCUUUUCCUCUCUGAUUACUCUAACUUGUGGUACGAUGACACAAAACCAGUUGGUACGGUGUGAGAGAGGCCCCUUGUCUCUUCUACCAAGUGAGAACUGAUGACAGGUGCCAUUUAUGAUCCCCAAAGGGGGUUCUCGUCAGACACUGGGUCUGUCAGUACCUUAACCUUGGGCUCUCCACCCUGCAGAAAGAAAACAAGCCAUCUUGGUAACGAUACUUUGUUAUUGUCGCACAUGGGAACUCAGGCAUUUGUUCCUUCCUGGGGGCCUGGGUGUGGCAAUGUCUUUCCUGGUGUUUGAGCUCAGAGGACGCAAGCUUAGGUGACAGACAGAGAAAAAAUUGGUAAUGAGACAUUAGGGAAAAAAAUAGGAAAAAAAAUUCAGGAAACAAAAUUUUAAAAUGGAUCAAAACCUUAAUUUUGUGAGUUAGAUGAUUCAAAUAAUAAAAUAAUUUUAUUCCUGGCCAUAAAGCUAUUCCUGCUUCUGAAAUUUCCACAUAGGAUGUCUCAGGAAGGGAACAUUCCAGGGAGACAGGCCUGUGAGCUGUACAGAAAUGAUAGCUAUAUAUAUAUUUUUAGAAAGGGUUACCUUAUUCGUCUUAAAUACUUAUUUGUUUAUUUGUAUGUAUGUAUCUAUGCCUGUGUGAGUUAUGUCAGCAGGUACCUGCGGGUGCCCACAGACACCAGAGGCCAUUGAGUCCCCCAAAACUGGAUGUAAAAGAAACUGUGAGCUACCUGAUCUGGGUUCUGGGAACCAAGCAGGGUCCUCUGCCGGAGCUUAAGUGAAUGCUCCUAACCACUGAGCCAUCCCUCCACCACCUGCUACUUACAUUCUUAAGGUAAGCUGUGGGCUGUAUGCUAAACGUUGCUUCCAUCUAUGGGAAAACCAAGCUGCAGGUGGACCUCUAGGUGGUCGGCCUGAAUCAAAGUGAGAGCCUGUGCAGAUGCCAUUAGAACCCUGAUAGACAGGGGACGCAUGCGUUGAUUCUGUGAGUUCAGCAGUUACAUUAUAGGGAGCGCUAACAGGAAGUGACUAUUUCAUGUGGACGCAACAAUCUUAAAAUAAAUAAAUAAAUAAAUAAAUAAAUAAAUAAAUAAAUAAAUAAAUGAUACAGAAUGGGUGUGAGAGGCAUGCGGAUUUAAUUCCUGUCUCCGUUCCUUUCUAGUUCUGUAGUCUUGGGUGCAUCCCUAAGUUUAUGCUUUCCUGUUCCUUAUCUGGGAGACAUCUCUGACACAGGGCCAGUCUGAGAAUCAAGGCAAUAUAUGAGAUGAAGAUAUUUGGUAAUUGUGAUACUCGACACAGCAUUUCCUGUGUGCCUGAAGCUUUAGAAUUAACACACAUUGGCUGAUUUAAUCCUUAUAAAUAAAUACAUAAAUAAAUGGGUAAAUACUAUCAUUAUGCCCCUUUAGAGUAGAAAUGGAGACACAGGAAAUUGAAAGAACUCCCAGAAGCCUAAGAUGUAGGAGGAGCAGGGAACCCAGUGGAAGCAGGCUGGAAGGAUCGUAGGAGCCAGAGGAGUUGAGGACACGGGGAGAACAUGGCCCCCAGAAUCAACCAAGCAGGGCUCCUAGGGGCCCAUAGAGACUCAAGUGGCAAUCACAGGGCCUGCAUGAGGCUUUGCUAGGUCCUCUGCAUAUGCGUUAUGUUGUGCAGCUUGGUGUUUUCGCGGGACUCCUAACAGUGGGACUGGGAACAGCUCUGAUUCUUUUGGCUACUCUUGGAUCCUUUUCCCCCAACGGAGUUGCCUCAUCCAACCCUGAUAUAAGGGUUUGCACCUAGUCUUACUGUAACUUAUUACGUCGUGUUCAGUUGAUAUCCCUGAGAGGCCCACUCUUUUCUGAAUUAAAAAUGCAAUUAAAAAUAAUUAAAAAUGAAUCUUUUUUUU